UACAGUAAAGGGUUAAUAUUACUGUAGCCUACAGGACUGUGUGAGCUGUCUAUAGACUGCUCGUGUCCACUCGCUUCAUACUCGUUGCAUGCUCUACUUCUACCAUCAUCCACAUACAGUGAUAGGCACCAAAGAAGAGCACAGCACCUGCUCAGCCACCAUCCAGCAUGGAUGCGUUAAAAUCAGCCGGGAGGGCGAUUAUCAAAAGUCCGGGAGUGCCGCGGCACACAUGGGGAACCUCAAAGCAUGAAAAGCUCCCGGAGAACUGGACGGACACCAAGGAGACGCUGCUGGAAGGAAUGGUGUUCAAUGUGAAGUAUCUGGGUAUGACUUUGGUUGGCCAGCCGAAAGGAGAAGACAUGGCAGCAGCUGCCAUCAGGAGGAUUGUUACCACGGCUCGUGCCAGUGCCAAUGCUAAGAAGUUCAGAAAGGUGACCCUCACUGUAUCUCCUAAAGGAAUCAUCAUCUCAGACACAGAAACCAAUGACCUCAUCGAGGACGUUUCCAUUUACAGAAUAUCGUACUGCACAACUGAUAAAACUCAGGAUAAAGUCUUCGCCUACGUCUCCCAAAGCCAAUUCAAUGAAACUCUGGAGUGCCAUGCCUUCCUGUGUCAAAAAAAGAAAAUAGCUCAGGCUGUGACUCUGACAGUCGCACAAGCUUUCAAAGUAGCUCUGGAUCUGUGGGAGAUAACACAAGAAGAUAAAAGUAAGAAAACUCGCACAUGUGAUUCCUGUUCAGAACGUGAAUUGCAGCCAGAAUCAGAACCAAACAGUGUUUCAGAGGAAGACAAAACUCAGGCUUUGAAGGAGCACAAACUUCGGAAACCCUUCUUCCCUGCCUUCCUUUCACCUUCUCCACGCAGCAAUACUAGGAGACGGCCAUUCAAACAUGACUCCUGGGACGUGGAAGAAAGCCUCGAUGAUGCAUUUUCAAGUAUGGAGGUGGAGGAGAUGGACGCAAGUAAGUGAGGCUGGCGACGUCCCGUAACAGAACCGUGUCUGAAGAUGCAGCAGUGAGUCCAGCAGAAGAUCUUUUAUCCUUCAGCAGCGUCAACUCCGACUGAACACACACACACAAACCCACAAACACUCUCUAGCCAGCCGAUCAAAAAGUUUCCUCAACAUUCCGCGCAUCCCAGAACUGCACUUCACACGAAACCCAACUGGAUUGAAUGCAUAAAAUACCACUGCCAUAGCAUCUACAUUCAAAACACUACCAAACAAUACUAUGAAAAACAAGCAGCAUACAGUAAAUGUGCAUGAUUCAAUUGUUUGAGCUCUUGAAUGCCAGUGUACAUUAAAGACAACUUACAACAUGUAAGGGAUAAUGUACAGGCAGCCGGUUGUUAUCGCAGAAAUAAGCCCCGACAGUGUGAUCAGGACCCGACGUGAAGCGGAGGGGCUUAUUUCGCGAUAACAGCCGGCUACUUGCCACAUGAGAAAAAAACUGGACAUAAAAUGUGAAUUCGAAAUAUUUUAUUAGCUCAUUUUUACCGAAUGCAGACCUUCCGCGAGGAAAAGCCGUUUAGUUUCGGUUUUAAAGUAAGAAACGACGUUCAAAGGUCACGAACAGGCAAAUUGGUUUAAUCGUUUUUAAAUAUAAUGUCAUAUAUGUUAUGGAAAGACAUAUUUAUAAUUAAUUUUUGUGUAAUAUUAAACUGCCCCUCUCAAAAUGAUUCGCAGCAUCCGGGUUACAGUGUGUAAUUAGUUUUGAGCGUUGUUAUUUGAAAAUAACAACCCUUGGAAUGUCGCGACUGGCCAAUCAGAAUCAAGCAUCCAAGUGAGCCGUGUAAUAAGUAUAAAAUAACAUGUUGUAUUCAUGCAUAUAGAUUUGUUACGUUUAUUGGAAAAACUUAAAAAAUGUCAAUGCAUUUGUGCUAUCUUCGGCCAGGGAACAAUAAAUGAACACGUUUUUGAAAGGGAGACCAAAUACAUUCCAGCUAGCUGUUUGCCUUUCAGACCAGCAUUCAAAGAUAUCCAGUCCUUGUUUGAUGUUAUGCUUAUCUUCUGCUUAUCUCAACACUCAUCAUAACAAUAAACUAACAAUGUCAACAAAGCUCUCAUCUGAAAGGUAGAUUGGAUGGGUUAUCCCAGUCGAAUCCCAGUCUAGAAUUUUUUAGGAUUAUUUACACACAAUGUUUGUAUUUUAAAGCACUGAAAUCCAAUUUCAUAUAUAAAAUCUGUGGGUCAGGGGAUGUUUGCUUAUUAUUAUUUUUGGAGGACUAUUUAUAGACAGGUUUCUAAAAAUAGGUUUUACAUUAUUAUUAUUAUUAUUAUUAUUAUGUAUAUUUACUGUACACUACAGUGUUUUAUCCUGUGUUAUUGUUGGUCUUGUCAUUUGAAUCUUGUGAAAUGAUUUAACUUUUAAACUUUGAAAUAUAUGCAACUUUAUCUACUUAGGGAGCUGAAGAUUUUUGACACGUAAGACAUAUCAAAUGAGAUCAAAAUCAUAAUUUGGCUUUUUUCAAACAUGAAACAAAUGGUUACUAUUUUACCUAGAUUUCAAAUCUCACAAACAGACAAAUAGAAAGCCAGUGAUGAUGGCAGAUUUGCUUAUUAGCAGAAUUAAACCAAGAGCUAUGCCUAUGGUGUGAUAAUCCAGAGAAAAGAUAAAAGAAUGGAUCAUCAAGGUGAAAGAAACAACAUAAUAAUAAGAUGUGGAGGAGUUAUUGUGUUACAGUAAAUUGUUUAAUUUCUAUAGUUUUCAUCUGUCACACAUUCUUGUUUUACACCUCAACUGAUGAUGAACACCAAAGUCAAGGGUUUAAUUCCCUGGGAUACACAUUGAUCAAAUUUAACAAAAAAACUCUACUGAUAAAAUGUGUACCUUCAUCCACUGUCAAUUUGCCAAAUGCAUAUAUGUCUAUGUUGACCAAAUGAAUAUUAUGUUUGGCCCUCAGAAAUGAAAUAUGAAACAUUUUCCAUUGAGUUUAGAUAUCAGCAGCUUUAGGUGUUAAAUCAUUUUAUGGUGUCAUUCCACCCUCUUUAAGACCAAAGUGCCCACUCAGAAGAUCUAAAUCUCCUCAUCACUCACUGAAAUUGCUAAAAGUUCAAGAAGGUCUUUGUCUUGGAUCUGUCAGCAAUUUUCUCUUUCAUGCAGCAUUUUUAAAUGAGGUCCACGCUAUGUUUCCUUCCUACAUACAGAUCUAUUUAAUCAUAUUCUGAAAGUGGAAUAAGUUUAAGAUUAUGCAAUAGCAUAAUUGGUUUUAGUAUGAUCAGGUUUUAGUUCAGUAUAUGGUAGUUGUUUUGAUUAAUCAUGUUAAAUGUUUGUAUUUUGUGUUUUUACGAUUUGAAUGGUUCUGAGCUUAUUUUAAGGGAAAGAACAAGUUUGAAAAUUGAUCAAUAUCAUUGAUGAUGAAAUUUAUGAAUAAAAUGUCUUUACAACAACUGCAACAGUCAAAACAACAAUAAACAUGUCAAGAUCUCCUUUUAAAAAACUGAAGUGAUUUAUUAAAUAAUGUUUAAUCAGAACUAGACAAUGGUGAAUACAAAUACUUAUUAAAAUAUAACAUUUGCUGUAGGUUAUUAAUAAUUAAUAACUAUGCAAUUUGUUUUGAUUUGUACAUUGUACAUUUUAUUUUUGUUACCAUCCACUAAAAAAUGAAUAAAUCAAAAGUUGCAGAACAAUAAAGAAAAACAGUACC